CAUCCUGUCGUCUCACCUACUUCUUCCGAUUGUAUCCUCUCUACCCUGCCGUCCGACCUUUACCGCAAAGGAUAACGACAGCCAGAGGAUUUCGAAAUCGUCCUCACACGCACAUACUUACGUAUACGUCGAUGUUACCGGAAUUCCUUGCGGAACAUCGCCAUAAGCAAACGCCUGUCUGCGUAUUGCUUAUUAAAAAGCAAAGCACAAUUGGACUCCUAACCCGGUAUCAGUUGAAUAUAUAACCGCACCCACGUAUCGGUGUUUGUCAUUGUCAGUGUUCUUUUCGAUCAUGUUGUGGCGGUUGGCAGCAGUUCUUUCCGUGGUGGCGAUUGCCCUUGGAGGCGCCCAAGAAGAUGAAUUGAGGAACGGUGAUCAGCUCGUCUCAUCUGUUUUAAUGGACUGUACGGAAAUGGACUGUGUUAAAACAAAGGUACUUACGUACCUUGAUAAUGUGCUGGGAUUAAAAACUCCUGCCGAAACUGCCAGAGGAUUCAAGAACAUCGAUGCUGCUAUUUUCAAAAGAGCUGCACGUGUUUUGAAGACUCACGAAUUUCGGGUGAAACUCCCAGAAAUAUUCUUUGGAGAUAGUGAGGUAGUUUACAAUCCUCGUACUGGAUUAGAUGUUGUUGACAGUGAAACAGAAGCUAGAGGAGCUUUGAAGAAGAAACUCCUCCUCCCAGUCCUUUUACUACUAAAAUUGAAAUUGAAAGCUUUAAUGCCCAUCUUCUUGGCCCUAAUUGGAAUUAAAGCCAUCAAAGCUCUAAUUCUCAGCAAAUUGGCAAUUCUAAUUGUCAUUGGUUUCGUUGUUUAUCAAUUAGUUACCAAAGCAGGUGUGACCAUGCCCAUGGCGAUGAAUGCUGCUCCUGCUGAACCACCAGCACCCAUGUACGGGCCUCCAUCAACCUCUCCACCAAACUCCUACGAGCCCAGUUGGGAGCCAAAUAGUGGAGGACCUUAUGCUAGAGUAUGGAACAACAACCCCUCACCUGUGGAGAACAGUGCACAAAAUUUGGCAUACUCUGCAUAUUAUCCUGGGGCGGUUACCACCACGACAAAUAGACCUUAA